AUGGCUGAUGCCCUUGAGUCCGCCGUGAAAAGCCUUGAGAACAUCGCAGCCCUAGUUACCGGAGCACAGGUGUCGAAACCUCUCACUUCCAGCGAUCUCUUGCGGCCACUUACUGGCCCAGGCCGAAUCGUCACGAACCUAUCGCCACGACCACCAAACUCACCGAACGGUACCAAAACAGCCUCCACUACCGCCGUGAAUAAGCUCCAGAGCCAGAACGCAUCCCUGAUUUCAACAAACAACCAAUUGAAGAAUGAGACCGCGAAGAUAAAGAAUGGGCUGCUGGAAGCCUACAAGAGUUUAACAGAAGCAAAGAAAGGAUUGGUGAUCCUUACUCGGGAUCUUUCAAACACGAAGAAGGAGUUAUUGAAGGCGAAGGAGGCAAACGACGAACUUGCGGAUGCCUUGGAAAGUAGACCGACUUCCUCUCGGCCAAGAUCCACAAAGAACCCCGUCAUUAGUAGUUUCAACACCAAGAACGUGAGGCCUGAUACCGUCCCAGUCGAGAAAACGUCCAAGCAUGUCACGUUUGCCAAGCCAUACAAGGCACCCCCGAGUAUGGCGAUCGGACUGUACGCUCUCGAUGUCGCCAGCGGGGAUACUAUGCGGAUCUCGACCUUCAUAAGCAAUCUUGAAAAUAACCGUUUCGAGGUCAACAUUGAUGGCAAUCCGGUGAACUCGGGCGGUUGCAUCUGGCUUGAAAUCGAACCAGACCAUCAAGACUUCCAAUGCGGGCGCUACAGCACCCUUGAAGACCAUCCUUGGAGCACCUCGCAGGCAACCCACGAGCGUCGAAUCUCGUUUGCGAGACCAUACGAUGAACCACCCGAGGUGGUCGUCUGGUUGAGCGCCUUCAAUAUGCACUCGGAAAAGGAUUGGCGUGUGAAAUCGUUCGCAUCAGAUAUCACUGCCACAGGAUUCACGGUCCACAUCGAAACAUGGGGCGAUAGCCAGUUGUGUGCCGCUGCGGCUAGCUGGAUCGCCUACCCGAGAGAAAAGGCCGAUGUUUGCAGUGGCAGCUUCAGCACAACUGAUGUGCGCCCGAGGGACAAUCCAAGGCCUAAUACGUCCGGCCCUGUAGAAUUUGCGGAGGAUAUGUUUUCGACCACACCAAGGGUUGUUCUAGGAAUUAAUAGCUUGGAUGCAGGAUGCGAAGGGGGUCUUAGGCUGGAGUUGAUGGGGACAGAUGUUUCUUCGAAGGGUAUGACUUGGAAUCUGAACUCAUGGAAAGAUACCACCAUGUACUCGGCCGGUGGAACAUAUAUAGCCCUUACGUGA